CGCCGGGGCAGAGCGUCCCGGCGGUGUCACGGUGCAGGUCGCCUUGCUGAGAGAGGCGUGAGCUAGCGCCGGGGCCAACUUGCACCUGCUGUCGUUCCUGCCGGAGUCCGAGAGUCCCCGCCGCCGUCGAGCCGCCAUGGAAGUGCAAAAGGAGGCGCAACGUAUCAUGACCCUGUCGGUGUGGAAGAUGUACCACUCGCGCAUGCAGCGCGGCGGCCUGCGGCUGCACCGGAGCCUGCAGCUGUCGCUGGUCAUGCGCAGCGCCAGGGAACUCUACCUCUCGGCCAAGGUGGAGGCCCACGAGCCCGAGGUGCCCAUGCCGCCCGCCCGCUCCCCUGACCCUCGCCUGCACCCGCCGCGGGAACCGGAAGCCGUGGUCCAGGCAGAGCCCGCCGUCGGUGAGCUGCCCUCCCCGGAGCCCAUGGACACUCAGGAGGCGCCCGGAGCCCAGCAGACCCGCGUCUGCUGCGACCCGCUCUCCGCCAAAGCCAGCCGCAAGCGGCGGAGCAGCAUCCUGAGCGACGGGCUGGUCCCGAGCAAGAAAGCCCGUCUGGAAGACGAGAAGGAGGAGGAAGCGGCGCCGUCGGAGGUCGCGGAUCGCCUGCAACCCCCUCCGGCGCAAGCCGAGGGCGCCUUUCCCAACCUGGCGCGCGUCCUACAGAGGCGCUUUUCCGGCCUCCUGAACUGCGGCCCCGCCGCGCCCCCGACGGCGCCCGCGGCGUGCGAGGCCAAGCCGGCCUGUCGCCCGGCGGACAGCAUGCUGAACGUGCUCGUGCGGGCCGUGGUGGCCUUCUGAGGGCCCCCGAGCCGCGGGGAGCCCAGCCCAGAGCGCGGGCCGAGCCGUCGGCCCGAGUGCGCGCACGCACACUCUCCCCCUAACCCCGGAGGGAGGGCCCGCGGAAGCCGCGGAGAGAAAACCGCCGCCCGGGCUGCGGAGAUGCCCGGAGAGGGACUCUGCCCCCGGGGAGCCGUCGCCAUCUGUGCGCAGCGGCGGCGCCGAGGAGCCGCGGGCGCCCUCCGCCGAGACCUGCUGCGCCCCAAGGUGCUGUCUUAACCGGCUGGGACUCGGACCUUUUCGCCCCCUCUCCCUCUGGGACUGGGACGCAGGGAGGCUUGGUUCUUUCAUCUCCUCAGGGUCGGACUCUUUAUUUUUUACUUAGGGGUCUGUGCUGCCCAUUCAAGGUUUUUUUCACUAGUUGGUAUUUGCGUUUCCAACGUCAGAGCAUCCCAGACGCCCGAGCCCCUUCCCCCUCCAGCGACAUACUUGUGCAAGCGGUCACCGUUGCGUCAUGGGGCAGACGUGGGGAGUUUCCUGCUGCCUGGCGUGGGUGUGGGGCCGGGGAGGAGGGUCUGGGGUGUGGGCCCGCCCAGGGUGGGUGGGAGGAGGGCGCCUGAGUCACGCGGCCCAGCGCCGGGAGUUGGUGCCCCGGGCCCCUGCGCCUCUGGGUGGGGCGGGGGGCCGAUCUCGUUUCCGAUGGACAUAUUGUCUUGGACGUGGGGCAUCUGUCUGUCCCCCCAGUCUCCUGUGUUACCCCUAUUUCAGAAACACGGACACCUCAAACCCGGACCGUUCUCGGUCUGAGUCACUAAAGGCGGGUGGGAUUGGAAGCUGCUGUGAGGUUGAGCUGCGGCCAGUUUUGGGGGUCGCGGGGGGGGG